AUGAGGGCAUCUAUAGCUUCACUGGUCAGCUAUGGUCUACUAGCAUUGCUGUCGUUUCUCGCCUUGAGCCAGGUCACUGGCACUUUUGCACAGCGUCAGGCGAAAGAGCAGGAGGCGCUCUUCAAGCGAAUCCAAUCUUCGAGCCAGGGAUUUAUCGAUGUCGACACCAACGAAUUCUCCCAGAUCAUUCAGGUUCCACGCGACUACGCUGUCACCGCAUUGCUCACCACCACUACGGGCGGCAUCAAGUGUCCACCAUGUCAAGUGUUCCAACCCGAGUUCGAAAAGCUCGCCCAGCAGUGGAACAAGAACAAGUCGGUCAAGUCGAAGAACGUCUUCAUCAAGGCCGAGUUCAGUCGCGCCCAAGGCGUCUUCGCUCGGUAUCAGCUGCAACACGCUCCCGUACUCUACACUUUCCCCGCGCCAACGGCCAGCAAUGGCUCGCCGGAUCACGUCUCGUUCGAUUUCAACGAGCGAUCUUUCUCGGCACCAGAUGUCGCCGACCAUCUCAACAAACUGCUCAACACUAAAUUCACCUACAAACAGCCACUCAACCGGAAACUCAUCAUCGUCAUCGCUACGAGCACCAUCAUGGUCGCUGGAGCCAUCUUUUUCAUUGGCCCUCAUCUUUCCGGGGUAUUCACCUCAUCGAAACCGAUCUGGAUGUUGCUCUGCAUCGGAAGCAUGAUCGUCUUCAACUCUGGCUACAUGUGGAACUCGAUCCGUGGCGCACCGUACAUCGCAAUGAAGGCAGGGGGUAAACCAGAGUACUUUGCAGGCGGAUUCCAAAAUCAAUAUGGUGUGGAGACGCAGAUCGUCGCGGCCAUCUACUCCUUGUUGGCAUUCAGCUUCAUCGCAUUGACCGUGCUGGUGCCGGCUCAGAGGGAUCCAACGAGGCAGAGGGCAGGCGUGUAUGUGUGGUCCGCCAUCUUCUUGGCUACUUUCAGUCUGCUGUUCUUCAUCUUCAGGACGAAGAAUCCGAGCUAUCCAUUCAGGCUUUUCUUUUAG